CACUUUCGCGUUGCGUUCUGGGAAAUGCAGGAAGUACGAUGUGGAUGUCGCCAGGCAGCAGCGGGGAGAAUCUACACUAGACUCCUGUCGUGAUGUGUUACUGGUCGGACAGCAUUCCUUAAUCCACACUGGGAUACGUCUGCCAUGUAACCCGAGCAGGAGAAGCCACUUCUUUAGCCACCCGGACGGACAACCAGAGCAACGAUGGCCGGCGAAAAUGCGAGUGUGGUCUUCAAGGUGUACUGCCUGACGGUGAUGACCCUGGUGGCGGCUGCAUACACAGUGGCACUGAGAUACACAAGGACCAUCUCAUCAGGAGAGCUGUACUUCUCCACCACUGCAGUGUGCAUCACCGAGGUCAUUAAACUCAUACUGAGCCUGGGGAUGCUGUCAAAAGAAACAGGAAGUCCCGCCAGACUGAAGAACACCUUGGUGGAGCAUGUGUUGUGCAGCCCCAAAGAACUGCUGAAGCUGAGCGUGCCCUCUGUAGUGUACGCAAUUCAGAAUAACAUGGCCUUUCUUGCCUUGAGUAAUCUCGAUGCAGCAGUUUAUCAGGUGACCUAUCAGCUGAAGAUCCCAUGCACAGCCUUGUGUACAGUCUUCAUGCUGAACCGCUCUCUCAGCCGGCUGCAGUGGUUCUCUGUCUUCAUGCUCUGCGGGGGCGUGACACUCGUCCAGUGGAGGCCCGCAGAGGCCACGAAGGUUCAGAUUGAGCAAAAUCCUUUUGUUGGGUUCAUGGCUAUCGCUGUCGCUGUCUUGUGCUCCGGAUUUGCAGGUGUGUACUUUGAGAAGGUGUUAAAGAGCUCAGACACGUCUCUGUGGGUGAGAAACAUCCAGAUGUACUUGUCCGGCAUUGUGGUCACCCUGAUCGGUGUUUACAUGAACGAUGGCGACAAGAUCCUGGAGAAAGGUUUCUUCUUCGGUUACACACCCUGGGUGUGCUUUGUAGUCUUCUUGGCCAGUGUCGGUGGUCUGUACACGUCGGUGGUGGUGAAGUACACGGACAACAUCAUGAAGGGCUUCUCCGCUGCGGCCGCCAUUGUUCUCUCAACUGUGGCGUCUGUCCUCUUGUUUGGACUGCAGAUAACAAUCUCGUUUGCCUCUGGAGCCCUCCUGGUGUGCGUUUCCAUCUACCUAUACGGACUUCCAAAGCUGGACACAUCCAAACUGAGCCGGGAAGACACAGACAACGAAUCCAAACAGAAACUGAUCACUGUGUGAAUCACGGACCUGCAGCAGAGGAAUCUCCCUCGCUGGUGGACCAGGUCUGUGUAGGGGUCUAACUUUUUCUAAGGCCCUAAAAGAGCUCCUGCACUAGGAGGGGGAUUAGGGAGCCACAUGAACAAUCAGUUGAGUUGACUCCGUGUUCGGGUUCAUCACAAACAGCUUUUGUUCCCCUUUAAUGUUUAAUCCAGCCCUCUUCCACCCACAUGGGACUGGUGACAGGACUAUGAAUUUACAGAUUAUUUGUAAAAAAAAACAAAAAAAACAUCUCAAUGUUUUUGACGCCAGAUUUGAGCAGUUUUUCAUUUAAUAUGAACACUUUUUUUUUUUAAACGGCUCUUACAGGUUGCUGCUCUUAAAGUUUGUAGAUAAUCUGAAGCAAUCAGUGAAGUCUUUCAUCUUCAGCAAUGCUGGAGCGAUAAGUAGUAACAGGACUUUACUUUUAUUUUGAUGCCUCCAUAAACGGCAUAUAAAUGUCACAACUCCUCAUCGUGGAGAUUUUCUUUUCAGUCUGUUUUACACUGUGCAGUGUUAGUGUCUUAUGUCCGUACCACAUAGCUCUGAUUUUGGAAAACAUACUUGAAAGAAGGAUGACAACCGAUUGCAUGUAGAAUCUCAUGUUUAUAAUUUAAUCUCUCCAGUGUCUUGUAAUCUUUUGUAUCACAUCUGUCACCUUCUGUUUUGAAGCUUUUAUUAAAACUGAAUGGAAGUGAUAAAAGCGA